GAGGUCUAGCUUGGGAGUCUAGAGCCUCGGUGGCUGCCAGAGCGAGAGAAAAAGUUGAGUUGUCUGUCAGCUUAACUCCCAAAGGACGGACUGUCUGGGUGAGUGUGAAUGCGGCUUCUUGCCCCUGGUGCUCAUUAGUUGUGACCCUGUGUUGUUAGCUGUUCAUUAUACAACGUGUAUGAUUAUUGCUGAGUCAAGAUGGUGGCAUUAUGGAAACACGACUUUCGGGGCACGAGGCUAGUCUUUGCCGUCACGGCCGCCUCCUGUCAAGCCUUCCUGCUGCUAGGCUAUGACCAAGGUGUCAUGGCAGGCAUCAUCGGCGCAGACAAUCGCUUUGGACAGGACUUCAACCACCCCGAAGCUGACAUGGAAGGCAAUAUCACGGCGCUCUAUGACAUCGGCUGCGUCAUCGGGUCCAUCGCCUGCUACUUCGUCGGCGAGCGCUUCGGCCGGCGCACUAUGCUGAUGAUGGGUGGGGCUCUGAUGAUCAUCGGUGCAGCCCUCCUGGGCAGCUCAUCCACCGUCGCCCAACUCAUCGUUGGCCGUAUAGUAACAGGCAUUGGAAACGGCUUCAACUCGGCGACAGCGCCCGUUUACCUGAGCGAGUGCGCGCCCGCACGUAUCCGAGGCGCGCUCCUGACGCUACAGGGAACUGUCACUAUCCUCGGUGUGGUAAUUGCGUAUUGGACAGACUACGCCACCGCCUCGUAUACGUCGUCGUUUCAGUGGCGGUUCCCCUUGGCCUUUCAAGCCAUCUUCGCCGUGCUGCUCAUGCUGCAGAUCGUGGGGCUACCCGAGACACCCCGUUGGCUCGUCGCCCACGAUCGACAUGAGGAGGCACGUAGCGUCAUCUCCGCCAUCACCGACCGGCCCCUCGACGACGAGAGCGUCGGUCGCGUUUUACUCGACAUCAAAACGGGGCUGGAAGAAGAGCAUAAGGAUGGGCCGUUCAAAUUCCGCGAGCUCCUGAGCUGGGGCGAGCUGCAGAACCUACGACGCUUACUCCUGAUUAUUUCCGUCCAGCUCGGCCAGCAGUUCUCGGGUUCCAAUAUGAUUAACUAUUACUUGCCCGUGAUCCUACAGAAUUCCGUCAACUUGGACCGCCACAUGUCGCUGAUAUUGGGCGGGUGUGCACAAUGCACCUUCUUAGUCGGAUCUGCCAUUCCGGUCCUGCUGAUGGAUCGCUUCGGACGGCGCUCUCUGCUCAUGGCGUGUUCGGCCGGUCUGUGCCUGUGUUUCGUCGCCGUUUCCAUUCUUUUGUCUACCGGCGAGCAGGGUCCUGCGUAUGCAUCUGUCGCCUUCAUAUUCCUGUUCCAGCUGUUUUACGGCGUCGGAUGGUUACCAGUCCCCUGGUUUUUCCCCUCCGAACUCGCUACCACUCGAACUCGGUCCAAGAUGCAAGCUAUCGCCAGCGGCUGGAAUUGGAUGGCUGUCUUCGCAGUCGUUAAAAUUACUCCAAUCUCCUUUGAAAACAUCCAAUGGCGUACCUUUAUUAUCUUCGCCGUUCUGAACGCCGCCUUCAUCCCUAUGGUAUAUUUCUUUUACCCCGAGACUAAAGGGCUAGAACUCGAAGAUAUCCCAUUGCUUUUCCACAAAGGUGGUGUCACUGGUGGGGUUUUCACCUCGAGGGGCAGAACCGUGACCCCAGGCCAGCACGCUCAAGCCAUCGACAUUGAUGCAAAAUAUGGCAGAACUUUGGAGGUCGAAGCUGUAGUCUAGUACGUGUUGUUUUGCCUAGACGCCGCAGCUCCUUCUGCCCGAACGUCUUCAUAGGUAUGAUUGCUCAGGAGAAGUAGAUCCAUGCGACCAGCUUAUUGUUGCCACACCACGAUUCGUCUGUUUACGGAGCUUGCUCACUUCAAUACUUAUCUGUGAGAUGCUAACAAAGGACGCCAUCCACAUCCCUUCCUAGGUCAAUAGGAUAGCUUGAUUAGCGUAAUAUGGGGGCAAAGUCGGGAUACCAUGCAUCUCGUCGAGUAGGCAUUCCUGCUAGGGUUAGUCAGUCUGUGAUAAGUUAGCUCGGGUACAUAUAAAAGCGU